CUUUGACCUGGGUGUGGUUUGUGUCAGCCAUAUUUGUUCUAGGACGUCGACGUCUUGGCUUUAAAUUCACCUUCUUCUGACGGCGUGGCAACAAAUCAGACCUUCAGCAUGCCUGGACAACAUGAGGUGACCUGUGGCCUGUCACGCGAGGUGACCAUAUCAGUCCUCCCCAGACUCAACAUGGAGGAGCUGAUAUAUGAACUCAACAGAAGGGUAAAAAACCUGGACAGAGAGAACAGCAUCAAGGACAGACUGGUCGGCAUCCUUAGGGAUGUCAUGUUAGAAGAAUACCGUCAGUCAGAAAGGAGAUCAAUUUCAGAUGUAGAUUUUUCAAACCCUGUGAUCGUACCUCGAGAGAAACGUACCAAAAGAAUCAUGCGCGAGAAUGCCCCGACCGCGUACGCUGAAACAAUGUCGUCAAGUCCUGGCCCCUCGCGGCAACGGUCUGGGCUGGACGUUGCGAUGAACCCGGAAAAUAACGAUACAAGAAGUGAAAAUCGCAUGAAUGCAAAGGAAGCCGAGCUUAAUACAGACCAGGCACAGCUGCAACAAGAGCAGCUUUGUGACGUUCCCAGUCCAAGUUCAUCAACACUUCCUUCAGAAGAUACCCCUCCAACACAAGUAAACACCACAGCAGACUCCCCCAUUGUCAUCAAAGAAGAACCCUUUGACAUGACAACUGAGGACGGAGAAACUAGAGCUUGUGAUGAUGAUGCCAACGUUGACUCCCCUACUCUGGGCACGCACGUGUUCAAUAUAAUGAAUCCAAUGAGUUCUUCUUCUUACCCGAAGAAUCCUCUGGGAGGGAACAAAUCGCGUGAGAAAAUAUCCACAGCCUCUCAGCAGCCAAAUCCAGACCACAGUGACGUACGCCAGUGGGAAUGCCACGUGUCUGAAGACGAUAGAAUCAGGCAAAUAUAUCAACCGUCCAACCCAGAUAAUGCUGUAAGUUUUCCUGAUGACAGAGACACAGGUUUCGUCGACACCGGACAUGAACAGAGUAACGUCCAACGUGACCAACCCAGCAAUUUCCCAACUUACGACAACAGGCCAUCUCUUGUUCCCAAUGAUAAUAGUAUGCAAAACAAUUUCAAACCCUAUAAGUGUAACCAGUGUGGAUUUAGAUCGAUGUACCCGCACAAUCUGAAGAAGCACAUGAAACAUCACACGGCUGGAAAACGUUUCAUGUGCAAUGAGUGCGGCUACAGGGCCUACGACAAGUACCGGCUGGUGGAACACACGAGAACACACACUGGGGAGAAACCUUACAGCUGUGAUAUGUGCGACUACAAGGCCGCGUUUAAAAGUCAAAUAAUGAAACACAUGAAGAAGAAUCACAUGACUGUGAAACCCUACAGCUGUGGAAUUUGCGACCACAAGACUUAUCAAGCCUCAGAUAUGAAACUCCACAUGAAAUGCCACGCACUUGGGUAA